GCCCGCCGGUCCGUCCGUCCGCCUGCACCCGAACCCUUCGCCUCGCCCUGCCGGUCCUCACUCUGUAGGAGGAACAUGGAUAAUCUGAGUGACACCUUAAAGAAACUGAAGAUAACAGCUGUUGACAGGACAGAGGACUGUCUAGAAGGAUGCUUGGAUUGUCUGCUUCAAGCCUUGGCUCAAAAUAACACAGAAACAAGUGAAAAAAUACAAGGAAGUGGAAUACUUCAGUUGUUUGCAAAUCUGUUGACGCCACAGUCCUCCUGCACAGCCAAAGUAGCCAACAUCAUAGCCGAAGUAGCCAAAAAUGAAUUUAUGCGAAUUCCAUGUGUAGAUGCCGGACUGAUUUCACCACUGGUACAGCUGUUAAACAGCAAAGACCAGGAAGUGCUGCUUCAGACGGGCAGGGCGCUAGGAAACAUAUGCUACGAUAGCCAUGAGGGCAGAGGUGCAGUUGACCAAGCAGGUGGUGCACAGAUUGUAGUUGCCCAUUUAAGGUCACUGUGCAGUAGAACAGACCCCGCCAAUGAGGAGCUCUUGACUGUCUUUUGUGGCAUGCUGAUGAACUAUAGCAAUGAGAAUGAUUCUCUUCAAGCUCAGCUAAUCAAUAUGGGUGUUAUCCCAACCUUAGUGAAAUUACUGGGCAUCCACUGCCACAAUGCAGCUCUUACAGAAAUGUGUCUUGUUGCAUUUGGGAAUUUAGCAGAACUUGAGUCGAGUAAAGAACAGUUUGCUAGUACAAACAUUGCUGAAGAGCUGGUAAAACUAUUCAAGAAACAAAUAGAACACGAUAAAAGAGAGAUGAUUUUUGAAGUUCUAGCUCCAUUGGCAGAAAAUGAUGCUAUUAAACUACAGCUGGUUGAAGCAGGUUUGGUCGAGUGUCUGCUGGAGAUUGUUCAACAGAAGGUGGACAGUGACAAAGAGGACGACAUUGCUGAGCUUAAAACUGCUUCAGAUCUCAUGGUUUUGUUACUUCUGGGAGAUGAAUCCAUGCAGAAACUUUUUGAAGGAGGAAAGGGCAGUGUAUUCCAAAGGGUGCUUUCUUGGAUUCCAUCGAAUAACCACCAGCUGCAGCUUGCUGGGGCAUUAGCAAUUGCAAAUUUUGCCAGGAAUGAUGGAAAUUGUAUUCAUAUGGUAGACAAUGGAAUUGUAGAAAAACUCAUGGAUUUGCUGGACAGACACGUAGAAGAUGGGAAUGUGACUGUACAGCAUGCAGCACUAAGUGCCCUCAGGAAUUUAGCCAUUCCAGUUGUAAAUAAAGCAAAGAUGUUAUCAGCUGGGGUCACAGAGACAGUUUUGAAAUUCCUUAAAUCUGAAAUGCCACCAGUUCAGUUCAAACUCCUGGGAACGCUAAGAAUGUUAAUAGAUGCACAAGCAGAAGCUGCUGAACAACUGGGAAAGAAUGUUAAACUGGUGGAGCGUCUGGUUGAGUGGUGUGAAGCCAAAGACCAUGCUGGUGUGAUGGGAGAGUCCAACAGACUGCUCUCUGCUCUCAUCCGACACAGUAAAUCAAAAGAUGUAAUUAAAACCAUUGUACAGAGUGGUGGCAUCAAGCAUCUAGUUACCAUGGCAACCAGUGAACAUGUAAUAAUGCAGAAUGAAGCUCUUGUUGCUUUGGCACUAAUAGCGGCUUUGGAAUUGGGUCCUGCUGAGAAAGAUCUUGAAAGUGCUAAGCUUGUACAGAUUCUACACCGACUGCUAGCAGACGAGAGAAGUGCCCCAGAAAUCAAAUAUAACUCCAUGGUCCUGAUCUGUGCUCUCAUGGGAUCUGAAUCUCUAUACAAGGAAGUGCAGGAUUUGGCCUUUCUAGACGUUGUAUCCAAACUUCGAAGUCAUGAGAACAAAAGUGUUGCCCAACAGGCCUCUCUCACGGAGCAGAGACUUACAGUGGAAAGCUGAGGACAGCCCCUCCUGGCACAAGGCAUCACCCCAGCUGACUACCCCUCUGUUCUCCAUCCAGCUGCUUCUUCCGCUCCAUCCUCUACAUCACUUGUGCAUGCGUGUAAUGUUCCAGUACCAACUGAAGAACUCUAUAGGUACCUGCCUAAUAAGAUUUCUCAACCCAUAGUUAAUGUGAACACGACCGUCCAAACAAGUCUCCACCCAUAACUGUUAUCCUGUAUCCCUGAUGCUUGAGCUACAUUAAGUAGAAUGUGCAUGUUGUAGCCCUAUGAUGAUGUAAACUUGGUACUACAUGCUGACUUGCUCUUCACAUGCAGUAAGCUACAUAAUAAUGUACUGGUAAAUUAGAAACAAAGAAUGCA